ACCGAAGCAGCGAGCAGCGGCAGCCAGCAACGACAGCGGACGCCCGAGAGACAGACGAGAUCUGCAACGCGACGCCCAGCUACAUAGCCUAUCCAGUGAGGUUAGGGUUUCGUGUAUGCGACAUGGCGGACAGCGGCGCCAACGAGGUCGUCGCCAUCCCGGCUGUCGGGAUCGACCUCGGGACCACCUACUCCGUGGUGGGGGUGUUCCGGGGCCGCAAGGCAGAGAUCAUCUCGGACUUCGAGACGGGGAAACGCACCACCCCGAGCUGCGUGGCCUUCCACGACCUCGGGUGCACCGUUGGGCAGGCCGCUAAGGAGCUGGCCUCCACCAACACCCUGUAUGGUCAGUACCGAGGAUUGCCCCUCCCCCCCUCUCCCCCGGAGCCAGGCUUGCCCUUGGGGAACAUUUUGGGAAUUUAAAAUCUUUGAAGAACCAACCGACGGGGUGGGUAGA